UCCCACCACAGCCUUCCCGGAUUUCGUUUCGAUACGUUAGUAAGGACUUUAGCUUUCGAUUGUCGGCUAACGGUUCGAAUUCUGGCGGUUUAUAGCAUUUGUUUUCCGGUUUUAACAUAUUUUCAUUUGAGUGGAUACUUUAUUAUACUUAUCCAUACCAACCCUCUUUGAAAAAUGGAUGUUCUAGCUGAAAAUUAUCAGCUAAAGUGGCAUUCCUUCAGUUCAUAUAUGCACUCUUGUGUUGCUGGAGCCUUGUUUAACGAGACUUUUGCAGAUGUCGCUCUUUACACAUCAGAUGGCCUAAGCAUCAUGGCUCACAAGUUCAUACUUUCUUCUUGCAGUCAGUACUUUCAUCAGGUUUUGAAGUUAGCUCCUCGCAUGGUCACAACUCUACCUUUAGUUGUAGUUCUUCCACCAGAAAUUUCUUAUCAAACUCUUAAAAUUCUAGUCCAAUAUAUGUACAGUGGGGAGUCUACAGUUUCGAAAGAUAUUCUUCAACAAGUUUUAAGAGGUGGUGAUAUACUGAAAGUUAAAGGUUUGUGGAGACCUAAGGAAGAACAAGAAGCACCACAGAAAAAAUCUGUCAAGGCUUCAUACAAAGAAAACAAUGGUUCCUCCCAAGUUUCUCAAGUAGAGGCAGAAAAACAGAAAUCAGAAAAAAUAAAAAUGAACGAACGACCAAAAGUCCUCAACUAUACAUUGAAUCUGAACCAGGAAAAGUCUAAUAAUAGGGAAUGUUCUGAGAAUUCUGAUACAGGUUCAACAGCAAAGAAAAAAGAAAUGGCACCUAAAGAUAAUAAUUAUAAUCAGAGUAGUGUUAUUAAAAGUACCCAAAGUGAGAAAUCGCCACCUACAUUAAGUAAACAAAAAGAUUAUGAAAAGAACGAUGUUCAAAAAGAUACAACCCCAAAUAACGAGACUGUCCAGUUCUUAGUAAUCAAGGAAGAACCCCUAGAAUGGUCCGAGAUGGGCGAGGGAGAUAUGGAAUUGAUGGAGUCCAAAGAAGUUUUCAGUACAGAAAUAACUAUCAAACCAGAAAUUUUUGCAGAUACAGAUAGUGGUAGUAGUGAAAAUAUGUAUACACCAUUAACAUGUGAGCUCUGUAGUGAAACUUUCACCGUUCCGGCAGAUUGGGUUAGACACGUUCAAACACAUACAGAUAUGUUACCUGCGAAAAGGCAGCGGAGGGGAAGACCUGCACCGGAUGAAGAAAAUGCGCCUUUUCCACCAUUGACUUGUGACAUGUGUCAAAAAAUGUUUUCAACUCCAGCCGAAUGGGUUCAUCACAUUCAAAACACCCAUACAGAGUUCGAGCUUCAUUGGACUAAUAGACAUUUAAAUAAAAUGGGAGAUGGAAUGAAGGCAGAUAAAUCGCCGAAAAAAUUAAUAGGUCCUAUACAGAAGGUGUGUUCCAUUUGUACCAAAAAAUUUCCAUCAAAUGCUUCCAUGUUAAUACAUAAAAGAACACACACUGGAGAAAAACCUUAUGCUUGUGAAUACUGCAUGAAAGGUUUUAAUGUGAAAAGUAAUCUGUUGAGACAUUUAAGAACACUACAUGACAAAAUCAUGCAGCCAACAGAAGUAGAUGGAGUAACAAUCAAAGAGGAGAAAGAUGAAGAAGUAAAGACAGAUUAAUUUUUUUCUGUUGAAAUUGUAAAUAAAUACAAACAUACUUAUUUUGUGUAUAUUAAAAUAUUUCCUAAAAAUAAAGAGAAAUGUGUAAACGAUUGA